GUCAAUUCUCUACUAAAUAAUCCUCCUUCACCUCUCCUUUUUAUCCUUUUUAUUCUAUGGUUCGAUAAUUGGUUUCCCGUCACCGAGAUCGAGUUUGAAAGGGCGCUUAGACAGAAUAAGAUCGGAGUACUAUCAACCGACAGUCGACAGGACGUUAAAAUUCUUGUAACUGUACCAAAGACUGAGCGUAGAAGACAGAUUAUAGAAUAUACAUCAUAGAGCACCAGGCACCCUCCUUCCUUCUCACAUCGACAUCUACCAUCAGAUACCAGGCGUCAGUCUCCCAAACGCCCUCGAAAAGAGACAGUGUCGCUUGUCGAAUUCUCAUUUCAAUAACAAAAUGCCCUAUCUUGGACUUCGAGGCAAAAAGCUGCUCACGGCCAUCUCUGUCACGGCAGGUGUCGGCUUCUGCUUGUUCGGUAUCGACAAUGCAGCUCUAGGAGGGGUGAUUUCUUCUGAUCCUUUCAACCGUCGAUUCAACCUCGACCCUACCGGUCAAGGUGCCGUCACCGGUUCCUACGAGAUUGGCUGCUUUUUUGGUGCCCUCUUUUUCGCCUUUUUCGGCGAGAAAGUUGCUCGAAGAAUAGUUCUCCUCAUAGGAUGUGUUCCUCUUUUGAUUGGCACUGUCUUGCAGGUCGCCACCUAUUCAACGGCACAGCUGGUAGCUGGACGAGUAGUGGCGGGUUUGGCUAUGGGUGCGAUUACCUCGACUUUGCCUAUCUGGCAGAACGAAACCAGUCCGCCCGCUUUGCGAGGAACAUUGAUCUGUGCUAGUCUGAGUAUGCUUAUCGUUGGUCAACUCAUUGCCUAUUGGGCAGCAUAUGGCCUUCUGGACAAAUAUGAUAACGAUAUGGUUUACCGUGUCAUGUUCUCCCUUCAAGGCAUGGCUGCGGUAAUCAUGGGUGCUUUGCUUUUCUUCAUGCCGGAAUCCCCUCGUUUCCUUCUCGCCCACUCUAGACCUGACGAGGCUCGUGAGGUUUUAUCAGCCUUGGCGGAUAUCCCAAAAAACGACCCCGUUAUCACAGAGCAGAUGGAAGAGAUCGUCAGGGCUAUUGAGACCGAAAGAGCUAGUGCACGAAACUGGGGUGAUCUCAUGAAGAGGGGCAAGAAUGCCCAAGGCGAAAAGAGAAGAAUGUUCACUGCCGUUGUUAUCCAGGUCUGUCAAGCGUUCAGUGGCAGUACUGUCAUCUCAUACUAUGUCACCACCAUUUUCCAAGAAGCCAUUGGAAUGUCUCCCCAUACCUCCACUCUUCUUUCUGGUUAUCUUCAGAUUUUUUUCCUUAUCUGUAGUUUUGCUACAUGGUGGCUUAUCGAGCAUGCCGGCCGAAGACGUCUUUUUAUCCUUACGGCAUUCGCCAUGGCUGUGGUCAUGUUUAUCAUGGGUGGCCUUAUCAAGAUCGAUACCAAGCCUACUGGUAUUGGUGCAGCUGUCAUGGUUUUCGCUUACCAGGCAUUCUUCACCUGGGGUUGGAUGGCAGGCGUGUGGGUUUAUUCGUCCGAAAUUUGUCCCUUGAGCUGGCGUUCCAAGGGCAUGGGUCUGGCAGUUGCUCUUCAAUGGCUCUUCGACUUUGUGCUUCUCAUGGUCACCCCUGUCGGCAUUGCCAACAUCGGCUACGGCAUGUUCAUGCUCUUCGGCGCCUUUAACCUCUGCUUCAUCCCUUUCGUCUACUUUUAUUGCCCCGAAACAGCUGGUGUCCCUCUUGAAUCAAUUGAUGCCUUCUUCGUACCUGGCGUUGAUCCCAUCAAGGAGAGCGAAAAAUUGAGGAAAGAAAUUAGAGAUGCCAGAAAGGGAGAGGAGGAAGUCCUUGCUAUGGAAGAAGCCAUCAUUGGGGAGGAGCCCAUCCUUGAUGAGGGAGAGACGAAGUACGUUGGAGAAACGGAGAAGUAAAAUGGAACUGUAAGAGUAUAUCGCCACAGGGGAUUGUUAUCGUUAGAACAACUAUCCAUCAUUCAUCUUAUCAUCACCAAUGGGUUAAUAGCGUUUCAUUUUGGUCAUCGUCAAAUGCUUUAGAGUGUUAGAAUGUUCUAUGCACAUUAUAAGAUAUAUAUAA